AUGGCUCUCGCACCCAAGUUCGCAGGCCAGAAACUGGCAUCAAGCGCCAUCCAGCCCAAGGCAGUCCACACUAUCGAAAUCUAUCUCGACUACGUCUGCCCUUUCAGCGCCAAAAUCUUCAAGACCCUCUACUGCAGCCCGCUCCGCAAGACGCUCCUCGAAAAAUACAACGACCGGGUCGUCACAAUCUUCCGCCAGCAAAUCCAGCCCUGGCACCCUUCCUCCACCCUCGUGCACGAAGCCGCCUACGCGGUGCAAAAAGUGGAUCCCGCCAAAUUCUACCCCUUUUCUGAGAAGCUGUUUGAGCAGCAAAAGGACUUCUUCGACGCCAGUGUCGUAAAUGAGACUCGAAAUGCAACGUACAGGCGACUAGCGAAGAUUGCGGGCAGCGUGGGUGUGGAUGAAGGCAAGGUGUAUGGGUUGUUGGAGAUUAGCGACAAGCCGGGGGAGGAUGGGAGUUUGAAUUCGGGGAAUGGGGUCACGGAUGAUGUCAAGGUGCAGGUCAAGGCAAACCGGUUGACGGGAGUACAUGUUACGCCUACGGUUGUGUUUGAUGGGGUUGUGGCGAACGAGAUCUCCAGUAGCUGGACUGAGGCGCAGUGGGAGGAGUGGUUGGAGAAGCAUGUCAAGUGA